UUAAGGAGGAACAAUGAACAAGGUGCAACUUGUACUGUGUAUCCUGGGAGUGUUAGCCAGUGUUGUUACCGCUCAGCUAGGGGGAAGGAACCCAAGGUUUGGCACAUGUCUCUGUGUCACAGGCAGCAGUGUCAAUGUAAGAGAUAAUGCUGGACUGAACUCUCGUGUGAUUGGUUCAAUCAAUCGUGGACAGUGCUACAAGUAUACUGGGCUGAAGUUGACACGUGACGGCUACUCCUGGUAUACAAUAGAUUAUAACGGACGACGUGGUUGGGUUGCGGGAAAUUAUCUCAUCGAGUCGGCCGCUAGCAGGUGUCAAAGUGGUGGGGGAAGGCCUGGUUGUGGUAGAGUAGAUUAUCGCGGCUAUCGGGUCUCUGACUCACAAGUUCGGGCAAAACUUGUCCAAAUUGCUGAUCUAUUUUGCAACCGGCUGUGGGUAACUAGUGGAGAUAGACCCAAUGGCAGACCUGGAUCACAUCACUAUGUUGGUCGUGCAGCUGACUUCUGGAUUGAUGGCCAAAGCAACAAUGGAGGUGCAAUGUUUGACAGAAUAAGACGCAGUGGAAUCAUGAAUACAGACUACCAGGUCAUUUGGCAUGGAAGUAGGACAUGCACUGGAGGGGAACACAUUCACAUAGGACGCUACACUGAUGGUAGAAGAACCUGUUGGGUGCAUGAGGGAACAAGACCAGGCAACAGGUGCCAGUAUAGGUGUAUGUAGGGGCUGUUCUGGUGCAUGUACGUGAAAACAGUGCAUAUAUGUGCUACAGAUACUUGCGUGAUACAAGUACAUCCAUUUUACAUAUUCAAACAGUUUGGGAAACAAAAUUUCAUGUUUAUAAAUA